AUGAUGCCCGGGGGAAGUGUUCUGGGACCACUCCUCGAGCGAAUAUUGAUCGCUGAGGCUAUGUGUUCAGGUCAAAUUCAGUUAUGGCAGUUCCUCCUUGAGUUACUGAGCGAUUCGAGCAACGCUGGCUGCAUCACCUGGGAAGGCACCAACGGUGAAUUCAAACUGACCGAUCCAGAUGAAGUGGCGAGGAGAUGGGGCGAGAGGAAGUCCAAGCCCAACAUGAACUACGACAAACUGAGUCGUGCGCUGAGAUACUAUUACGACAAAAACAUAAUGACGAAAGUGCAUGGGAAGAGGUAUGCAUACAAGUUCGAUUUCCAAGGGCUAGCUGCGGCCACGCAACCGGCGGCGAGCGACCCCGCCUACAAGUAUCAGAGCGAUUUGUUCAUGAGCUCUUACCACCACUCUGCGAAGCUCUCAUCGUUUAUGGCCCCACAUGCUGCUAUGCCCACUUCCACAGCGUCAAUAUUCCCGUCGGCAUCGUGGGGCAACUGGGGAGGCGGAGGUGGGAACCUCUACUCCCCACACUCUAUGGCCCCGCCCCACGUGACGUCACACCUAGGCUCCUACCCACACUACGCAUGA